GGUUCAUUCCAAGAUGGCUGCCCUCCUGAGAUAGGUUGGCCGUUGGCGUCUGCUAGUCGCUGUUCAAAGGUUACAAAACGGUGCAGUGAUAUAUGUUCCAUCAUAGAAGACAGAGUGGAAUAACCCCCACAUAACUGGGGUAUGCUGGAGACAAUGGGGUGGGUGGUGAAUGCAGUAGGCGUGGCCGUGGUGGGCAUGGUGGCGGUCAACCUCAACUUCUGGCUACCCAAACACAUCCCAGCGCAGCUCGUACAUAUCGCAGAUGCUGCUCUAGAAGAGUUGGAUGGUAAUAAGAAGAAGCUGCAGGCACAAGAACUGUGGAAAAACCAUGGUGCCGUCAUCAUGGCGGUGCGCAGGCCUGGAUGACAGCUGUGCAGAGAGGAGGCCCUAGGGCUGUCCUCUCUGAAGCCCCAGCUGGACCGGGCUGGUGUCCCCCUCUAUGCUGUUGUCCAUGAGAGGAAGGGAGUGCCAGAGUUCCAGCCUUACUUCCAGGGGAAGGUCUUCCUGGAUCUUGAGAGAAGAUUCUACGGCCCCCAUGAGCGAUGGAUGUCACUCGCUGGUCUCCUGAGGGUCAACUUCUGGCUCAACAUCCGCCGGGUUAUGGAGAAGAAAGUGGAGGGCAACUACGAAGGGGAGGGGCGGUUGCUAGGCGGGGUCUUCGUCGUCGGGAGCGGUAACCAGGGCAUCCUCAUGCAGCAUGCCGAGCAGGAGUUCGGUCACCAUGCCAACCUAACUGACAUCAUGAAGGCUGUGGGGGAAAUUCAGCACAUCAAUGCAAAGAGCAAAAUUUAGAAAAGAUGAUGAUGAUGAUGAUGAUGAUGAUGAGAUGCAAUUGAUGUUUUUUUAAGUCACAAAAGCUGCUACGUUAUUUCACUUUGAAUUCAGUUGAGCUGCAAUUUCUAACAGGAGAGACUGGACUUAUCCAAUUUUUUUACUGCUUGACUCCAGUCUUUGUCAAGGAAUGCUUCUGUGACCUCACAUUAUGUAGAUAGCACAUGUGACUCCAUAAGCAGUGAAUCAUAAGUUGUAGAAAGUCUAUGUCGCCCUCCGUCUCUGUUUAGUGAGGGAUGUAUGUGUUUAGAAACUUCGGCAAAUUUUGAACUUGGGCACUAAUGUGUUCAAGAAAACUGGUCUUGAGUGUCAAUUCCUUGACAAAGACUGGUGUAGAUCAGUUUUUAAAAAUUGGAUAAGUCCAAUUUCUUGUGUUGGAAAUUUAAGUUCAAUUUUUUCAUUUUUUUUAAAGAGUGAAUUCUACCAACACAGAUGAACCUUCAAGUCAUUUUGUUUUAUAAAGAUUUAUUAAAUCACAGUCGUAGUCUGGCAUUGCAUUAUCAGAGUUUUGAAACGAAUUGGUUGACUUAACUUCUUUUUCGAUUUUUCCAGUUGUGCCAAUGAUAGUAAUCGUUAUUAACUGAACAAUGUUAAACAUCUAACAGCAAUUUGAGACUUAUGUUAUAUCAUUGAUCAAGUGGAUGUACAGUAGGACACUUAGAAUUUCUCGUUGCUAAAUCUUGUUAAGGUUGCACUUCUCAAAAAGUAAAAAGCUAUUUCAGUACUUGUUACUGAGGGAAUGUAUUGAUAUGACAACUGGAAUACGACGUGGCAAUACAACUCUGCAUUGUCAUUGCAUUUCAAACUAACACACAUAAUAGAAUGAUGGCAAAAGAUGAAAACUUUCCACAUCUCUUGCUUGAUAGUUUUUCUGUGAAGAUGUGCGAAGUGUUUUGAUAUAAUUGCAGGUUUGAUUGGACGUAGACAUUCCAGAGGUGUUGAAUAAAGCAUUGAAUGAAAUGAA